GAAGGCGAUGGCGGCGGCGCUGGCGGCGGCCGGGGAGGUGCAGCGGCUGCAGGCCCGGCUGGCCGAGCUGGAGCAACGCGUCUACGGCCCGGCCCAGCCCGCGGCCCCCAGGAAGGUGUCAGAUGGUGUGGUCAAGCUGCAGGUGGCUCUGGGGAACAUCGCCAGCAAGCGGGAGAGGGUGAAGAUUUUGUUCAAGAAGAUCCAAGACCUAGUCAAGUAUCUGGACCCCCAAUACAUGGACCGCCUCAUCAUGCCUGACGCCUCUAAGUUGCAGUUCAUCCUGGCAGAGGAGCCAUUUAUCCUGUCCCAGAUGGCCCUGCUGCAGCAGGUGGAAGCCCUGGUGCCCCUUCUGGACAGCCCGCACGUGAAAGUGGUUCCGGAACAUUCCGAGCGACUGCAGGCCCUGGCGCAGAUCCACAUCCAGCAGCAGGACCAGUGUGAGGAAGUCACAGAAGCUUCCAAGCAGCUCCUGGAGGAGUACAACAAGAUGGCCCAGACCGUGCUUCUGUCCAAGCAGUUCGUGCAAUGGGAUGAGCUGUUGACCCAGAUGGAGGCCGCGAAGCAAGCCAAGCCAGUGGUAGAGUGAAAGCGGCCACUGCCCCGCCCAGCCCGAGGCCCCCCCCCCCCCUUAUUUAAUAUCGAAGCUGUGCCACCUCCUCAGAUACCACCCCUCUUCCCCCUUGGGGCCCUUCUCCAGCCUCCGGCAACCACCAGUGGAGGGGAGAGCGUGCUGAACUUGCUUCCCGCUUGUGUGGCAGAGCCGGGCCCUUGUGAUAAUUUUCCAUAAGUAGGAGGCUGCAGCUUGGGAUCCCAGAGCGUCCUGGCCCAUGACAGCGGUGGUCCUGGGGGGCGGGGGUGCUGCUCCCCACCGAGGGGGCGGCGUCUGAGCCCCGGAUCCACCGUCACCCCCGUGACCUGGAACAAUAAAUGGCUUGUGCAGGA